UCUUCUAUUUUUGCUGCUGCUUCGGCGGCUGGUGCAGCUUCUGGAUGGGCUCCUCCGCGCCUUUUCCUCGCCCCCCGCCUUUCUCCAGGAAAUGAAGCGAGAUGCAGGAGGCUGGUGGCCGCCUCGGCUGUACGGAGAGACACAGGCGCAAGAUGGCAGAUUUCUAUUGAGUUUAAAGGGGCGGCGGGGGGGAGCUGAAGUCCUGCUUCGUUUUUCUUCCGUUGCCAUGAAUAACAGAAUUCCUUGCACCGAUGGCUCCCAUGUACGAAGGUAUGGCCUCCCAUGUGCAAGUUUUCUCCCCUCAUACUCUUCAAUCAAGUGCCUUCUGUAGCGUGAAGAAACUAAAAGUAGAACCAAGUUCUAACUGGGAUAUGACUGGGUACGGCACACAUAGCAAGGUCUACAGUCAGAGCAAAAACGUGCAAUCUUCUCAAGCGGCCGCUGCCAUCAAUGCCUCUCUCCAGAUUCCAAACCCCAGCAUCCCUUAUGAGCAGACCAUCAUCUUCCCAGCCAGCACAGGGCACAUUGUGGUGACAUCCGCCAAUAGCACCUCUGGUGUGGUUGCAGUAUCUGGGCAGGCAUUGGGUGGACCACACAACCUGAUGCGUCGAAGCACUGUGAGCCUUUUGGAUACCUACCAAAAAUGUGGACUUAAACGGAAAAGUGAGGAAAUCGAGAACACAAGCAGUGUUCAGAUUAUUGAAGAGCAUCCACCGAUGAUUCAGAAUAAUGCCAGUGGGGCCACAGUAGCCACCACAACGACGUCCACUGCCACAUCCAAAAAUAGUGGCUCCAACAGUGAAGGGGAUUACCAGUUGGUACAACAUGAAGUGCUAUGUUCCAUGACCAACACAUACGAAGUAUUAGAAUUUCUUGGCCGUGGUACCUUUGGGCAAGUAGUUAAAUGCUGGAAACGUGGCACCAAUGAAAUUGUGGCCAUCAAGAUCCUUAAAAACCAUCCUUCUUAUGCCAGGCAAGGUCAGAUAGAAGUAAGCAUCUUGGCUCGGUUAAGCACUGAAAGUGCAGAUGAUUACAACUUUGUCCGAGCCUACGAAUGUUUCCAGCACAAGAACCACACCUGCCUGGUUUUUGAGAUGUUAGAACAGAACUUGUAUGAUUUUUUAAAGCAAAACAAGUUCAGUCCAUUGCCUCUUAAGUACAUCAGGCCAAUAUUACAGCAGGUAGCCACAGCUCUCAUGAAAUUGAAAAGCUUGGGUUUGAUCCAUGCUGAUCUCAAGCCAGAAAAUAUCAUGUUGGUGGAUCCAUCUCGGCAGCCAUACAGGGUCAAGGUUAUUGACUUUGGUUCUGCUAGUCAUGUGUCAAAAGCUGUGUGCUCAACUUACCUUCAGUCCAGAUACUACAGAGCCCCUGAAAUCAUCCUUGGUUUACCCUUCUGUGAAGCAAUUGACAUGUGGUCUUUGGGAUGUGUCAUUGCAGAACUUUUCUUGGGUUGGCCAUUAUAUCCAGGAGCUUCAGAGUAUGAUCAGAUCCGAUAUAUUUCACAGACACAAGGCUUACCAGCUGAAUAUUUGCUAAGUGCAGGAACGAAGACCACAAGGUUUUUCAAUAGGGAUACGGAUUCACCAUAUCCACUGUGGAGGCUAAAAACACCAGAUGAUCAUGAGGCAGAGACGGGUAUCAAGUCAAAAGAAGCAAGGAAGUAUAUUUUCAACUGUUUGGAUGACAUGGCACAGGUGAAUAUGACAACAGAUUUGGAAGGAAGUGAUAUGUUGGUGGAAAAGGCAGACCGGAGGGAGUUCAUAGAUCUGUUAAAGAAAAUGUUGACGAUAGACGCGGAUAAGAGGAUAACGCCAAUUGAAACACUCAAUCACCCAUUUGUCACCAUGACACACUUGCUUGAUUUUCCCCAUAGCACCCAUGUUAAGUCCUGUUUCCAAAACAUGGAGAUUUGCAAGCGACGAGUAAACAUGUAUGACACUGUGAAUCAGAGCAAGACACCAUUCAUCACCCAUGUAGCCCCAAGCACAUCAACCAAUCUAACCAUGACCUUUAAUAACCAGCUCAAUACAGUUCAUAACCAGGCCACCACUCUGGCUCCCACCUCCACCACCAGUGCCACUAUUUCCUUAGCCAACCCUGAUGUCUCCAUACUAAACUACCAAUCUGCACUCUACCAGCCCUCGGCAGCGUCCAUGGCCGCGGUGGCUCAGAGGAGUGUCCCUCUGCAGACAGGUACAGCGCAGAUAUGUGCUCGUCCUGACCCCUUCCAGCAAGCCCUUAUCGUGUGUCCUCCAGGUUUUCAAGGAUUGCAAACUUCCCCUUCAAAGCAUGCUGGCUAUUCUGUCCGGAUGGAGAAUGCAGUUCCCAUAGUCACUCAGGCUGCUGGGGCUCAGCCCCUUCAGAUCCAACCAGGGCUCUUAGCACAGCAAGCCUGGCCUAGCGGCACUCAGCAAAUCUUGCUUCCUCCAGCUUGGCAGCAACUGACCGGGGUAGCUACUCACACCUCAGUCCAGCAUGCUACUGUAAUCCCAGAGACCAUGGCAGGGACUCAACCACUGGCGGAUUGGAGAAAUACACAUGCUCAUGGUAGCCAUUACAAUCCCAUCAUACAACAACCUGCACUUUUAACAAGUCAUGUCACCCUUCCAGCAGCCCAGCCUUUAAAUGUGGGUGUAGCUCAUGUCAUGAGGCAACAACCAACCAGCACCACCUCCUCAAGGAAGAGCAAACAGCACCAAUCAUCAGCAAGGAAUAUGUCCAACUUUGAGGUAUCCUCUUCUCAGACGAUCAGCUCUCCACAGCGGUCUAAACGAGUAAAGGAGAACACCCCUCCUCGCUGUGCAGUGGUGCACAACAGCCCGGCCUGCAGCACCUCUGUCACAUGUGGGUGGGGAGAUGGACCUUCUAGUACUACAAGGGAACGACAGCGACAAACGAUAGUCAUCCCUGACACUCCCAGCCCCACAGUCAGUGUUAUCACAAUCAGCAGUGACACCGAUGAGGAGGAGGAACAGAAGCAUGCACCUACAAGCCCCCUGUCUAAGCAAAGAAAAAAUGUCAUCAGCUGUGUAACUGUGCACGAUUCCCCCUACUCUGAUUCUUCUGGCAACAACAGUCCCUAUGCAGUACAACACCGUGGAGGAAACAAUAACGGAAACAAUUAUGACACAAAGGGUGCACAAGAAUCGCACUGUAAUGGCAAUCCUCGGACGAUCAUUGUACCACCGCUGAAAACCCAGGCCAGUGAAGUCUUAGUAGAAUGUGAUAGUUUGGUACCAGUCGCUACCAGUCACCACUCCUCUUCCUGUAAGUCAAAGUCCUCUAGCAUUGUGACCUCCACCAGUGGUCACUCUUCAGGGAGCUCAUCCGGAGCCAUUGCCUACAGGCAGCAGCGGCCAGGACCACACUUCCAGCAGCAGCAGCCUCUUAAUCUCAGCCAGGCUCAGCAGCACAUUGCAACCGAUCGCACAGGAAGCCAUCGACGACAACAGGCUUACAUCACUCCAACAAUUGCUCAGGCACCGUAUUCCUUCCCACACAACAGCCCUAGCCAUGGCACGGUCCAUCCCCACCUGGCCGCAGCUGCUGCUGCUGCCCAUCUUCCAGCUCAACCUCAUCUAUACACAUAUACAGCACCUGCGGCUCUAGGUUCCACAGGCACUGUGGCCCACUUAGUGGCUUCCCAAGGCUCAGCUCGACACACCGUACAGCACACUACUUAUCCAGCCAGCAUCGUCCAUCAGGUUCCAGUCAGCAUGGGCCCUCGUGUCCUUCCAUCACCCACAAUCCACCCAAGUCAGUAUCAAGCUCAAUUUGCCCAUCAGACCUAUAUCAGUGCAUCUCCAGCCUCUGUCUACACUGGAUAUCCCCUAAGCCCUACCAAGAUCAACCAGUACCCAUACAUCUAAACACUGGAAUGAGGAAAACUAAAAGACAUUUCAGCACACAUUGAGAGGAACAAGGCUGCUUUUAUACUGAAGAAUGUCACAGGCAAAUGAACAAUGCAAACGGGAGGCUCAGACAAAACUUGAACAAAGGAGACUUUGAGGAAGAAGGCAGACAAAAGAAGACGAGACACGUCCUACACUUUUUAUUUAAAAAAAGAAAAAAAGAAAGAAAAAAAGCUAAAAAGAAUGAAAAAUAAAAAUACAAAAAAAAAAAAAUUCUGCACCAAACCACAUAGUGGGAGAAGCAGAAGGACCAUAAUUGUCUGGUCCUGUUUUGGAUAACUUCACCAAGAGACUUUUACAGAUUAUUUUCAUCUGAUUACAGGAGACUCCGUUUAGGAAUUUGUUGUUCAAACCUUCUAAUACAAAGUUUCAUAGGUGUUUGGGUAUAUUUUUUUUAAUUAAACAAAGAAGCAUACAAAUUAGGGAUUUAUCCAGAAUUUCAAAAGGGUUAUGACUUUGUCUUUGCACUGGUUGCUGUAACCCAAAAUAAAAAAAACACAGUGAAAAGUGUGAUGUGUUUUCUGUUGAUAAUGGAAUGAGCAAAAAAUGAGGGCUGUUUUGGAUUAUUCCAGCUCUCCCAAUAAGUUUAGAAGCACUAGAAAGUUGGGAGGAUAGAAGAACACUGAGCAGAAAACACGAUCUGGUGAAAUCAAAGCUGUGGGGAAUAUUUGUUCUUACUCUGAGCAUCCUGGAUAAAUCCCUUUUCUUAAAGGAAAAGUCUUUAAUAAUGUAUGAUAGAAUCUCAACUUCCUUACUUGAAAAUACUUUUUUUCCCUGUAUUUCUUUGAAUAACCCUUCAUCAUUUGCAGUCCAAUCCUAACAUUGCCUGCUCUGGCUGAUUGCUACUUUGGUCACAACUUCACAAAGCACAAGCAUGUGCUGUUGCUGCUGGAACAUCACAGCAGUACUGGGAGCAGAUACACAAUCCCAAAUGUUUAGGAUUGGGUUGUUAGUGUAGGAGUAGAAGUUCUAGCUGGCCCUUGGUAGAAUGUAGCACUAUACAUCCAUACAGCCGUUUUCUACUUUGUGUUAAGCUCCAGUGAUACCAAUAGACUAUUCCUCAAUGUUAUUGCACAAAAAAGUGAUAUAACAUAGGCAUGUAACAAAUGUGAUUGUCCAGGUAUAUAUGUGUCUGCGUGUGUGAGUGUGUGUGCGCAUGUGCGCGCUGAUGCUGCCUUUUCUUGUGGUGUGGUCCUCAGCACAGCCAUUAUACACUGUCACAGUCUUAGUUUUACAUCAUUCCCUUGUAGUGCCUUACCAAACUACAGUUGCAGUUUUAAGGGUUUACUUCCACUGGUACGCCUAGAAACGGACUGAGGCUGGUUCGAAUUUAAUCUCAGCUCCUUUUUCUCUUCCUCCUCUUCCUCCUUGUGUUUGAUUGCUUUCCUUUUCUCUAGACUUUCAAAAACAAAAUUGUAUUGUUUUUCUUGGGUAAGUUGCAAGGGCCAAAUGAAGGCUGCUGGGAGUUUGCCAGAAUAUAACAAUCAGUGGGCCUAGGAAGGUUUUCUUGGGGGGAGGGGGUGGAAUUGAAAUGUCUCAGUGGGUUCUUAGCCCCUAAAGCAGCUUUCCAAGCAGUUCCAUUUUAUUGAUCGUGUUAUUAGUUGAAUUUCCUUCCAGGAUGCACAAUCCUCCAUAAUUUUUACAGGUUCAUAUAUUUAUUAAAGUAUGAAUAGAAAAGGGGGUGGGGGAGGCUCCCAGGCUUGCUUUGGAUUAGUAAUACAUAGUACCUCAUGUUCAAUUGCUAUGUCUAAACUGGGGGUAUGGGGAGGGGAGUGGGCGAAGGGCAGUUACUUGGAAUGAACUUUAUAUAUUUUCACUUGAAUGGUUUCAGAAAUAUGAAAAUCAGAGGUAUUCUUUCUAGAACAUCAGACUCAGACUUGUGCCAAAAGCUGGUUUGGUUUGGUUUGGUUUUCUUCUGUUCUUGAGGAGCAAUUGUACUGGAGCUCCUUGACGUGAACUUGGAAUGGACUCUGCUACGCUUGUAGCAGGCCUGACCCUAGUUCCCAUGGAAACAGGUCUGAUCAUGUCUAAGCAACAUGUUCUGCAUUUAGGAGCUAGUUUGGAGAUGCCACCAUAACUGUUACGGUUUUGAUCAGCUUUCCCCAGCCUGAUGUUCCCUAACCAGACGUACAUAACUCCCACAAUAUCCUAUUGCAGUGUUUCUCAACUUUGGCAACUUGAAGAUGUCUGGAUGUCAACUCCCAGAAUUCCCCAGCCAGCAUGCUAUUCUGGCUCAUUGCUGGAAUUCUGGGGGUUACUGUCCCAACACAUCUAGAGCUGGGUGGGGAAAGAUGUUUUAAUCUGGUGCUUUCUUCACUUUGUCCCAUUUCAUUCUUACUGUUUUUUUCUUUUUCUUAAAAUAACAAUAAUAAUAACAACAGCAAUGUUAACAAUGGCUGACCAGACUCUAUCUUCCACACCAAAUUAUUUGCAUUUUUUCCUUUUUGUAUAUUCUUUUUAAGAAGGUUUCCAAAGAGAAGUGUUUGUACAAUGAAAAAAAAAAAAACUAAAAAAUUAGUAGGAUAUGUUAUGGUGACAUCAGUAGGUUUUUCUGUUGUGUCAGUCCUUACUGUUCCCUCUGUUGAGAUUUGCUUGUAUUAGUGAUUUGAGGUCGACUGUAAAAAAGACUGUCUGCCUUCAUAGACAGUCAGCAUGGCUACUAAGCAAAGACUACCAGAUCCGGGCUGCAAAAAUUUGGAGGAUUAUUAUAUGGAAGAAAAUAUUGGGAUUGUCUUUAUCUCUUUGCUA